UAAUUGGGAAUUUUUUUAUAUCGACUAAAUUUCCUAUUUCCGGCUCUUGAAAUCGCCCCACCCCCUAAUUUCUCCGCUCGUCAAAUCCUCCUCGCCGUGUGCUGGCGAAUCACCGAGGUCUCCUCUCUCCGGCGGCGAGUCGUCGAAUCGCCCCGCCUGUACGGCCGCCACGUCGCAGACGCCGGCCGCGCUCCUCCGUCGACCGAGGAAGAAGAACGGGAGCCGACGGCCUCUGGCGGUUCCACCGGAGAACGGCAGGCAAGCGGCCACUCGCGCGCCCCGCGCCGCGUCGAUUGGCAUUGGAUUUGCCGAUCCAUUGCUUCCGUUUGUUGAGUUCUUGAAGCAAAACAAUCCGAUGAGAUUCUUCAAGGGAAGCAAGGUGGAGGUAUUGCAGGAGGCAGAGGUGCCCUUUGGUUCUUGGAGGCCUGGUGAGAUAGUCUCUGGCAAUGGACACACCUACUUGGUGAGAUACGAUGAAAGUCCGGUUGACUUUGGCGUGGCUGUUGAAAGGGUGCCAAGAAGGUUGAUGAGACCUUGCCCUCCAGCGGAUGAUCCAGUAUGCUGGGCUGUGGGUAGUAUUCUUGAGGCCUUUGAUAGCUACUCGUGGAAGGUUGCGGAGGUGGUGAGAGUGCUGGGCAAGAAGCAUUAUCUUGUCCGGCUCCUUGGGUCCUCCCUGGAGUCGAGGGCACAUGCAUCGGAUCUUCGAUUGAGGAAGCUGUGGCUAGAUGACAAAUGGAUUGUGACUCAGAAGUAUUCCGCAAAAUGCUUGGAUGGUUCAUUCAGAGGUCGAUCAAAAGAUGGAAACUUAGGCUGCAACUUGGUAAUGGACAGCCAUAUUCAACUUGAAAACCAGAAUGCUUUUGAGGGUGCUACAUCUAGAGGCAUUAAGAGAAAGUCGUCUGCUAUAACAACACAUCCUCAAUGCAGUGAAAUCACAAAGAAAUUGCGGACACCGCAUAGAGAUGGAAGACACUCGAAGCUGGUUGAUAGAGGUUCACUCCGUUUGGCUGAAAAGGUAGAUGCUGUUGAUUCCCCAUGCUUUAUGCUGGGUGAGAAAUACACGCAUGCUAGUUAUAAAGGGCAUACUAUAACAGCUGAAGAUUUUAGUGACACUGAGAGUAUAUCAUCCUCUGUUGCUAGCUGUAGUCCUAACAGUAGCCCCCAUAAAUCACAGCAUUAUAAUUUGGUCUACCAAACUGGAGAUAUCUGUAGUAGAACUGAUGAUGAUGAGGCUUCUACAUCUGAAAGAGAAACAUCAGAACAUGAUAACCAUGGAUCAAGGGAAGAAACCCAUUUACUGGAGUUGCAUGCUUAUCGUGCAACAAUGUUAGCCUUGUAUGCUUGUGGGUCAAUUAGCUGGGAGCAGGAGGCUUUGUUGACUAACCUAAGGUUAACAUUGAACAUCUCAACUGAUGAACAUCUAGCUGAAUUGAGGAGUUUGGUUACCCAUGCUGUUACUUCCAGAUAGCUAUUGUAGUUACUUUCUUGGUGACAUUUUCAUAUCUUUCUAUCUUGAAAUUGUUGUAAGUUGGGAAAUCUCAUUAAGGGUUUGAGGUGUUGGAGUACUUUAUAUGUAGUAUUACUUGUGAAAAGAGUUAGUGGGGAAAUUUUGUACUACAGAUAUGCCAAGAUUUCUGAAAUUUUGCGACACUCUCAAUCUGUUUCUGUUCUUCAUACUGAAAUGCCUUUGUGUUUUUAGCUUUGCAUUAGCUUAUUUUUUAUGUUUAACACUACCAAUAUCCCUGAUUGUGCUUAUGACUGAACAUUACAAUAUUUUGAUCAAAGCAUGUGCAAACAGCUACUGUUAUCUCAAAGGUACAUAUAAGUCUCCUUCAGGAAGUGAUGUUGUGUAAAUGGUAGUCUUUGUGGUGUCAAUGGUCUUACUCGUGUUUUGCUAUAUUUGUCUCCGAAGGUCAUGAAAAUUUGUGAGUAUGGAGAGUGAAACAUCUGUAUAUACUCUUUGAGUCCUGACAUUGUUUUGUCUAGUGUGCUGACUUCCUAAUGCAUUUUUCUGUUAUUCAGUAGCAGCUGUUGUGAAUGGACAGUUCCACUUUCAGAUUGUUCUUGACAAAUUUUGCAACAGCAAAAACUGGAAAAAAGGAAAUCUGAUACUUCUCAUGAACUUUCCAGGGCCGAGGUUGGAGGCUUGUAAAGCAUCCUUCCAUAGGGUCAUGUAGAUGGAGGAGUCUGCCACAUGGUUUGCAGUGCGAUAAAUGUGGCGACAUUUCCAUCGAACUUCCAUUGGUACUUCAUUCGUUUUCAAUAUUUUUUUGGUUUUAGGAUAGUGUGCCAAGAUAAUUCAUCACAACAUUAAUGAACUGUAGUUUCCAUGUGAGCUUCCAUACCUUAUGCUCACAAACAAUAGAACAACGACCUAAAGAGCACUUAGUUUGAUUACUUAUAAAAUAUAAGUAUAGCAACACAAAAGAGCUGUCCGGUGUGGCUACUAGUAUGUACUUACCUCAAACUUGUACCUGAAGAUUUAUAAUGAUCUUUUUGUUCGAAAUUAAGGUCAAGCAGGGUCAGAAUUGCGGUUCCAAACUAAUGACGGUUGCUGGAUAAAAAAGGUCAAAUUGGAUUGGUUUAUGAUCCAAAGACAAAAAGGUGAUCUGUCUGUUUGCGUGAUUUUUCACAAAACUGGCAUGCUCCCUCUUUGGUAAGUGCUACUGGAACUUUUUUUAAAAUCCUUGUUUUGAGGACGAAGACUUUGAGAGAUGAUGGUGACAAGGUAAACUAAAAUAUAUUUUUUAUUACUGUUCCUUUCACUUAAUGAGGCAACCAACAGUCUUAGCUGUUUUAUGCACAUUAUGGUAAACAGUGCUCAAAUUAUCAGUAAGUUAAAAUGCAAUUGAUACCCACCCUUCAAAAGUAACAGUUAUUGAGGUCGGCAGUUAUGGGUUGCUUGCAUAGAGUUUACAGAUUCAUUCUAUUGAAGUUAAGAAGUCAUUAUUUCAAGACACGUUACAGUAUGCAGAUUGUUUAAGUUAAAAAUCAUAUAGAAAUGGUAAAAUGUGGAGUAGAGCUAGAAGCUAUUACCUUAACCAGCAGAAUUGUGCUAUACUAUCAUUAGGGCCAUAUAUGAGUGUUUGCCUAAGAAAUCAUGCAUUCACGCAUAGGAUAAGGUGCUGUUCCAUGAAUGGUUAUCAUUACUUGGAAUAGUAAUAUCCCAUGUAUGCUUGAAAUCUAUUUGAAGAUCUAUCUUAGCGAACAUUUACAAUUACUUAGCAUUCCAUGAUAUGCUUGUUCUCUGUCAGUAACAGGUUUUGUGUUCAACACUUGGCGGUUUUAAACUGUCUAAAAUUGUUUUUAUACUCCAUGCAUAAAUGGAGUAUUAUUAGAUUACUGGGAAAAAUGCAUUGCAGGGUUCAACUCAAUAAUUGUAAUUAUAAAUUGAUGCAUAUUCUCUUAUGUCAGAUCAUUGCUUCCAUGAUCAAGGGGUCCAUUUCAGACAGAUUCUCUGUAAGGAUAUUGUGUUAUGAUGCAGUGCCAAUUUGUUUACAAGAUUUUAAUCCAUUACAUGGUUAUUGCAAAGGGAAAUCCUGAACAAUUUUCUGCUUUGAUAAGCUUUCAACGUGCAAUGUUGCCUGCACUUCUGCAAAGGGAUAUUAUCAUGUAAAGGAAAGUGGUUUAGGUGAAGGGUGUGAAAAUCAAACAUACAAGUCCCAAAAGUGGGCUAUUUGGUGUUGAUCUGCAUGGUCAUACAUAUUUGUUUCAUUGCGCAUGCUCAUACAACCAUAUUGUGUUUAAUCUUUUUUGGAGAAAUUGUUUUUUUCCAAUGCAAUUUUUUAUCUGGUAUGCUGGCAUUUGUGGAAGUAGGGGAGGUUUUUAUUCUGCAGGGGUAACUGAUUUGUUAAUGACACUGACAAUCAAUAUACUCUAUCAUUUUAUUAGUAGGUCCUUUAAAGCUUAUACAAAUGUGGGCUCAGGGUUUGCAAUUGAUUUCUGUGUACACAAGAUUACAUUUUGUUGCCUUAUUGCAUUAUUAAGGAAAACUAGCAGGUAGGUCUGUAUAGUGUUACGGCUGUUGAGAAAACAUACUUGUAGCAUUAUUAAGGAAAAGCUUAUCUGUUCUAGUGUUUUGUUGGGAUGUUUCUAAUCCAGACAUUGUAGUUCAUGAAAGAUUUGCUGGAGAAUUCUUUGCAACCUUACUUUUGUGCUCAAGGCCUUUGAAGCUGCUGUACUCGAAGCCCACCUAGUCCUUCAAUUUCUAUUGGUGAUGUAACAGAUAAUAUAUAUACUUGGAUGGUGUAUUGCUGACAUUCGCCUUUUUUCAGAAGUGACAUGGUAAAUUAUUAAACAAAAAGAAGUGACAUUGUAGGCCCACCUGGUGGUUCUGAUGUAGCCAGAAGUAAGUUAGUCAAUGUUACAAGUACAAGAGAGGAAUUUCUACGUGGCCCACCUUUUAUCUCAUUAUUAUAUCCCAUUGAAAGUUUGAAACACACUGUUCUUGCUUGUUUGGAAACUCAUGUACCUACAUUUGAACCUCGUAACAUUGCCCUUUGAAAUUCAGCUGAUAUUUAUGCUCCGUGUUUAA